AUGGGGAUAAAAUCCUGUGCUCCUGUGAGCCAUGGGAAACUCAAGGUAUUGGUGAACCCACACAGUGGUCCUGGCAAAGCCUUGCAGAUUUUCCAGAAACAAGUUAUACCCAUGUUGGAUGAGGCAGAGAUAAAGUAUGAUUUAAUUACAACAGAGUAUGCUGGCCAUGCCAAGGACCUGGUGGGGACCAUGGAUCUGUCUGAGUGCUAUGCUGUAGUGAUUGUGUCGGGAGAUGGACUAGUGUAUGAGGUUAUCAAUGGGUUCAUGGCAAGAACUGAUUGGGAUAAAGCUAUUAAAAUGCCUCUUGGAGUUUUACCAGGAGGUUGAAAUGCCCUGUGUUGUUCCAUUAACUACUCAGCUGGUGAACCAAUGACUGAAAAUAUCGUUCUGCAUUCCACAUUCAUUCUGAUAAAACACAGAGUACUCCCUAUGGAUCUUGUCUCUAUUGAGACACCCAAAGAAAAGGUGUACUCUUUUUUAUCCACAUGUAUUGGCUUUAUUGCUGAUGUGGAUUAUGAGAGUGAAAAAUACAGAAGUCUUGGUGGUGCUAGAUUCACACUGGGUGCGCUAAAACGAAUUAUGGGACUGAAGACCUACAGGAUGAGAGUUUCCUACCUCCCUAUAGCAGAAUAUGAACAAAGUCAGCCCAAUGGCCAGCCUGCUGGAGAGAAGGUGCUAAGAAAAAUCAGGAGUUUUUCACUGAAAAGUAAAACAGAUAGUUUAAAUGCCAUUGAUUCGAAUGGGGUGAUUGGGCCAGACAUGGUGGGCGACAAACUACGAUCAUACUCUGUCCCAGGUGAAGGGCUAGAGGGUCUGCAGGAUCUACAGGCAGGGAAAGAAUCAGAGGUUGGUAGUAGAGACAGGAGCCAGUCUGAACACAAUACCAUUAACCUUCAGACUGAGGAGCAACUGUUCUCUAGUCUGCUACAGGAUAGUCCAGGUACUGAAAGUCAGACAGAGGAUUCUGGGGACAUGAAACCUGGCGAUGUACCUCAGGCAAAGAUGAGUGCUUCUGAGGAUAGUCUCUUCAGUGAUAACGGCAUCAUCCGGGAGAAUGUGACUGCUGUGAAGACAGGCGACGCUCCAGUCCCCACCCCACUUGUUCCGCCUCUAUCUGAGCCUGUCCCAGACAACUGGGUGACGGUGGAGGACGAGUUUAUUACAGUAGCAGCCGUGUAUCAGAGUCACCUGUCUAAUGACUGUAUGAUGGCCCCACAGGGGCGCCUCAGUGAGGGCUUUGUGUACCUGACAUUAUUGAGGAAGGCCGGGGUGACACGGGGCACCUUGCUCAAUCUCUUCUCCUCCAUGGCAGAAGGAGCUCAUGUGGACUCUCCCCAUGUGGAGACCAUUAGGGCUCUGGCGUUCCGUAUAGAGCCCCUUUGUAAGGAAGGUGUCAUAAUGGUGGAUGGAGAGAUGAUAGAGUUUGGGCCCCUCCAGGGACAUAUACUGCCCCAGCUGGCCAGAAUCCUGGCCAUUCGAUGACCAAACAGUGUAAAUAUUAUAAUAGAAGAGUGAAGUGGUGUGGAAACCAACAUCAGCUGUAAAGAUAUGACAUUUGUGCGUGCCUUUAAUUUGUAGAGAAUAUCAGAAAAUUUUUUUGAUAUCAUGUAAUUUAUUCCACAUACUAAGUCUUCCUCAGAGAUGGUUAGAGUGACCAUUCCAUUUUAUUGCGAAAUUUUCACUAUUUUUAUACUCCUAGAUUAGAAAGCAUUUAUCAAGAUGAUAUAUAAGUGCAAGACUUCUGUGGGAAAUCUAAAGUCCCAAGGAAGAGAAUGACACUAAGCGCUUUGGGAUGUGUCUCAAUCAGAAUCAUCAGAAUCAAAUACGUAUACAGUGGAUUUUUAUUAAAUUACCAUGUCAGAUUUUCACCGGGUUUAGUGUUUGUGUUUCCUGUGAUUUGUGUAUGACUAUAUAUAUGUACUACUGUAAAGUAAUUAUUAUUCGCUGGGAUUUAUUUUCGCGGAUUUUCUCCAAAAAUGUGU